AACCUGCUUGUUCAUAUUCGACAGCGGAGGACAUAAAAAAGCGAUGGACUCAGUACUUCUACACGGAGAAGCUGAAGGAUAUAUUCAAAGUCUGGAGAAGAUGUCACUGCGUGAUAUCGGAAGCCCAAGGUGGUUUCGCCAACAUGAAUUCAUUGAGAAGCUGAAUAUGCAAGCUAUUCUGGAUGCCAGUGCCAAUCAGGAGGAAUUCAUAAAAGACCUCUUUGUUUCUCUUGGAAAGAUACCCACACUGAUACAUGCAAUGAUACUUACAGAAGUCUGGAAACAUAAAGUGUUUCCCAUAAUUUGCAAACUCCAGGACUUUAAUCCAAAGAGUACGUUUCUGCUCUAUAUGGUGAUUCACCAUGAAGCUACCACUAUAAACCUGCUGGAGACAAUUAUGUACCACAAGGAGUCCAGUGAAGCUGCUGAUGAUAGUGUACUUGAUUUAGUCGAUUACUGUCAUCGCAAACUCACACUUCUGGCAGGACGUUCUGUCUCUGGAGAGAUCCCAACUGAGGACCGAAUUACACACACACAGCUGUUAGACACAGGAUCUGUGCAGGAUCUGCAAAGACAAAGUGACAUGUUAGAGUUUGAAAUCUCUAUCAAGGCUCUGUCAGUACUGUGCUACAUCACCGAUCACAUUGAGAGUUUGAGUUUGAGUGUGCUGUCGAGGAUGCUGUGCACUCAUAAUAUGCCCUGUGUGCUGGUUCAGUUGGUGGAAAAUUGCCCCUGGAACAGAGGUACUCUGGAGAAAUACACAGAGGGGAGGUGGAGGCCCGUCCUGCCUGAAGAUCAGCUAAAGUUAAAUAAACAUGAUGGCCAGGUGUGGAUGGCUUUACUGAACCUGAUACUCAAACCAGACUGCCAAAGAAAAUAUAAUUUCAAUAGCUUUAACAAAGCACAACUUUUAAAGCUUUGUGGGUUUUUGACAGAGGUUGUGAUAGAUCAGUUACCAAACCUCCUUGAUCUCAAGCAAUUCCUCAGUCAACUUGCUGUCACAGAUCCAGUGGCCCCCAAAAAUGAUCUAAUCCUGGAACAGGUGCCAGAGAUAUGGAAUAAUAUUGUAAUGGAGAACAGCAACAAGUGGAAAGCCAUAGCUAAAUUCCAAGUGACGCAUGUUUUUAACCCCUCUGAAAGUGAAUUAAGAGAACAAGCUAGCAGAUUGUCUCAAACAUAUAAUCUGGAUGUGAUGGAGAAUCUAAUCCCAGACAAACCCAAGUGUGGAGCCUGUGGAAGAAUGGGUGCAAAACGCUGCUCCCGCUGUCAGGGAGAGUGGUAUUGCAACAGAGAGUGUCAGGUGAAACACUGGCCCAAGCACAAGCCUGCAUGCAAACUCAUGGAAGAGGCCACACAAAGACUGCAAGAGGAACUGAACAUCAGCAGCUGAAUUAUAGCACCGCUAAAUGAAAGGGAUGGUGAGAGUGAUGCUGUGGGAUUCAGAAGUGCAUAAGAACACAUCCACUAUGAAC